AUGAGGAGAUUUUUUGAAACAGUAACUGAAAUAUUAAUGAAAAUUGAGCUGUUUACUGCAUAUCAAAGCUUCAAUACCUCCUGCUCAGUUCUCGCUUGGCAACAGAACUAUAAAUCUCGGCUUCUGAAAGGCAAUUUGACUCAUUCGAAAGCUGCCCCUGAAGCAGCCACCGAUCCAUUGAAUCAUGGAGGUGGAUUCAUACCGGAAACGCAACAAAGAGACACUCCUGCAUCUAUAAAUGUGGAGAAAGCUGAAACUGCAACUAAGAAGAGAACCAAAAUUCCUACCAUAUACUAUGCUUCACGAACUCAUUCUCAGAUUACUCAAGUGAUUCGUGAGUAUAGGAAAACUGGUUACAGAGUCCCCAUGGCUGUAUUGGUAGGAGGAUUAGGUGUUCAUGAGGACAAAAGUCAACAACCAUAUCUUCCAAUUAAUUCAUGAUGAGCAUUACGGUACAUAAAGAGUCAUUAGAAACAUAUGAAAGAAGAUACCAGCAUACAUGAACAUCAUCUGAAACAGAAAAAUAAAAGACAGGUUAAGUGAAUAUAUCAAAUCAGCUGAUGCACCAUACUAUUAAACGACACAUAUAAUAACGGCAAAGG